AUGCCAUUUCCUUUCAUUCUCCCGACAACUUCCUCUUUCUCCUUCUCAUCUAGCUUCAGCUCCGAUUCUCACCCUUCACUGCCCCUCAACGCGAGCAUGUAUCGCGGGGUAGUACGCGAUGCCUUGAAGAAACACAAGAGACUUCCCCCAAGCUCCCAAAUCUCUAAUCUGAACACUGUGAUGUCGAGUGUUAAUGGCUAUCUUCCCUAUCUGCUAGCAGUGGACGAAGGUCUAAGCAACAAGGGCACGGUAAUUGUUACUCUCAAGACUCCCCCAGUCAUUGAAUGGAGGCCAACCUUAUCGGGCGAAGUCGUCCCAGGGCGCGAGAGGGCCAGAAUUAAGAUCUCAUCUCUGGAACAUGAAAUUGCGUUUGUGGUCUCAACAUUAGGCUUCUCGCAUGUUCUAGCAUCUCGGUCCGCCUUACAACCUCUCUACUCUACUAGUAGCGAGUUCCUUGGGGCCCAAGAGAGAACCAACGCCAUUCAAACAGCAACGAAAUCUCUACUUGAAGCUGCUUCGGUAUAUGACUACCUUGCAAAUCGAGGAGAGCAUGCCACAGUCAGCCCGACAUGUCCUGAUGUUUCCCAAGGGACAGCUCGAGCCUUAUCUUCUCUGGCCCUGGCUGAAGCCACAUUACUCGCUGUCCUCAAAGACGACCCAUACCCGGCAAUAGUUGCGCAAGACCGUAACAAGAACGACAAAGAGUGGAUGUUCAAGGCCCCUGAAAUCCCAAAGGUUCGCGCUCAUCUAUAUGCUCGACUUUGCCUAGCAGCCUCGGAACACGCAGCCAAAGCAUCGUCUUUACUCAGCACAGCUGGAAAUGGAUCCCUUAAAAUCAACAGCGCUCUUCUAAGAUACAUAGAAGAUCUCCGCCGAACAUGUCGAGCUCGGGCCUGCCGUUUCUUUGGAAUUGAUGCCGAGCUAGGUGGCCAAGUUGCGGACGGCAUUGGAUGGGUUCGUGCUGGUCUAUCAGAACUAGGUGUUGAGCCCAAAGACCACAGUAAGAAGGGCCUCAGCUUUAGCAAAUUAAAGAAAGACAUCUCAGAAAAGCGCGAAGACCGGCGAGUGGAUAAAGAGGCGGCAUGGGGAAGUGAUGCAGGCAAGUUGGAGGAAAUAAGAGUUCUCGAGAUGCUUGACGUCAAGUGGAACAAAGUCAAUGAUACUAUGAACACACAAGUUGUCCCUCCCAUCAAUACCCUCCUCAGCAAGAUGCCAACAGGGCGAGAGAUUCAUACAAUCAAGCCUUACGAAGUCCCUUUACUUGAUAGAGACGUGUUGGAAGGCAUGCGCGCACCACCAGAGGAAGAUGAUGCAUAUGUCGAUGACUUGAGUUCAGAUGACGAUAUCAAGGGCGAACCUUCAGCACCGGUUGGUGCGUUCCCUGGAACGGUGCACGACUAUUCUCGGAGCCCAAGCACGCCAGGCAAUGCAUACUAUUAG